AAUAAACCUUUUAGGGCUGGCGAGACUGGAAGCAGAUUAUGAGCACAGGUGUUGCUCCGCAGACGCGCCGGUCAGUAGUAUGUGGGUCAGAUAAACAGAAAUAAUUACGAAACAAGAAUGUUUCUAUUUUGUUCUACAUUAAACUAAACGGGAGAAGGCUGCUGCGUGCAAGCGCCGAUUAUGACUGAAGUCACUAGCACGACGUCUCAGGAGGAAUACGAGGAUGACUUUGAGAAGGAUCUCGACUGGCUGAUCAGUGAGGGCCGAAGCGAGGACCAGGGCUCUGACUAUGAGGACAUAGAGGCAGAAAUAGACAAAGAGCUGCAGGGAGAUGGGAAAAAACAAAGGAGGAAAAGAAGGAAGAAAAGAGUUGUGAAAAUACGACAUCUGGAAGAGGAGGAGGAAGAAGAAGAGAGGUGGCCCUCUCCGAUGGAGCCGCUGGAGUACAGCUCGGACAGGGACAGUCCAGGUCAAUCCUCACCUGUACCACCUUCUCCUGAAUUGGAUGAGCAGACUGAUGAGGAAAAGAAGUACAUAUUAGAGAAGAUUCAGCAGGCUAACAGGGAGCUGAAGGAACAGGAAACACCGGACAUGACACGACAAAGACGGCUUCAUUUUAAAGAGACGCUGGUGGACCUGGUGGUUCCUCCGAUCCAGUUUGAGACAGGGGAAACUGUUGAUGAAGGAGAGAAGGGCAGCAAGGACACGUCCAAGGCUGCAGAUGCAGAGGUGUCAGGGAAGAUGUUCGAGUUAAAGCUUUCCCCUCGUGAUGAAAGGAAAGGGUACAAAGGAUCCAGCAGUGGGGACCCUGAGGAAACAAGAGAUGGCAGAGUGCUCGUGGAAAAGGAUGGAAAGUUUGACCUCGUUAGCAUAAAUGAGGUAGAGAGUCAAAGCAUCCUCCCUCCUAUAGCCAACCAUUACAGUGACUUUUCACACUCCUCACCACGUGGACAGCAGCAGAACGGAAAGAUUCACUCUUCCUUCUCCUCCUCCCCUCAACUCCUUCUUGGUUCUUCCUCCUUCCCCCUGGCCAUUGACCACCUUCCAGCUCCCAGGCCUCCUGCACAGCCAAUCAGGCCCAGUUCCGCCAGACAAAGCCAGAGAGGCGUUCAGGGGAGAAACAGCAAGCGACGGGUGCAGUCUGCUGCAGGAACACCCUGCCAGGCCACCUACACUCUCUCCCCCCAGAAGAAAAAGCUGCUGCAGAGGAUGCAGGAGAAGAAGGAGAGGCUGACCAAAGAGGCGGAGCAGAGGAAGCGUGAGGAAGACGAGCUGAAGAAGCAAGAGAAUGAGCAGGCAUUCAAGGCCUGGCUGAUGAAGAAAAGAGAGCAGUUUCAAGAGGAGCGAAAGAUCCAUCGAGCCCAGGAGAUAGAGAGGAUGAGUUUAACGAGAGACCCCUGCGACCCAGACGAAGCCUUCCGGUUGUGGCUGCAGAGGAAACGGGAGCAGCAGCAGAAAGACCGGCAGCUCAUGGAGCUCCGGAGACUCGAGGAGGACAACAGCUACCUGCUGCACAGCCGCGAGGAAUGUGAGCACGCCUUCAAACUCUGGCUGAGGAGGAAGCGGGCGGAGAAGCAAGCAGAGCAGCAGGCAGCUCGAGAGCACUCCCGCAGGCUCGUGCUGGAAGAGCGUCGUGCACAACGUAUGAGGGACCUUAUGAGCACCACCAGUGAAAGCAAACCGUUCAGGUUCACAGAACAGCUAGCCUACCGCUGGUGAAUCUCCUCACACCAGUAAACAAUCUGGGAUUCACUCCAUGUGUUCGAACGGCAACACGAGAGCAGGUUGGACUCUCUGUCCAGACUGAGACUUCCUCAUGUCUCUUUGGGGUUUCCUUCCAAAGACCAAAAAACAUGCAUAUUAGGCUAACUAGUGAGCCAGACUGGACCUAGGUGUGAGUGUGUUGCUGUUUUUGGUCCAGUGAUGGACAGGCGUCCCUCGUCUCUCACCCAAUACCAGCUGGAGAUGAGACAGCUUCCUGAGACCUGGUACAGGAACAAGCUGCGACAGGAGUAAUGGACUGAUGAUGGUUUCUACUGUGUUAUAUUUUGUGUAAAUGCACCUUACUUUAGAGCUUUUAUGCAUAACAGUGUUACUAUUAAAGUAUUCACUGUUUGCCUUUAAUUACAGAAUUUACAACAGUAUGUCAAAUAGUCACACAAAUAGUAUUUUUUUGUCCCCAAAGGUCUAACUGUGUUUAAUCAAACACAAAACAGCUCUUUUAAUUAGAAUUAUGUUUUUUAUAAUGCACUGAAUGUUUUUUUUGACAUGUUUUGUAUCAUUUAUAAACUAGGUAAAGGUGAACGAUAGAGACACCUUUAUUAUUAAAGUUUUUCUCAAUUGCUAUAACACUAAAAUCCAUUAAGCUAACUGUUGAGCCUGUUGUCAAAACCUGAAACAAUUUCAUACGGUUUAGCAAAACUCUAAACGCAUUUUCAUUCUUAAAACACAGUCUGCACUCUAAUGUACAUGUCGUCCAUAACGGUAAACACAAGUGGCACAUUUACCCAUAACAAGAGCACAAAUGUCAUUGAUUGAACACAAUCAGUCUAAAUUGAUCUCACUUGUUUCAAAUGAUGUGACAACCAUUAUAAGCAAGUUCAGAGAGCAAACAGGUUGUUGGAGGUGGGAAUGAGAAAGUGGGACAGUGGAUAGAAGAAUUCAUGUGAGAGGACGAGGACGGGUGCGUAUGCGAGGUGGGGGAUGAGGGCAAGAAAGAGGAGAAUGAAGAGGAAGAGUAAGACAAAGAGUGGAAAUCUCCAAUGAAAUUUGAGCAACAACCAUCGACCAUGUUGUUGUCCAAGGGCUGACAAUGAGGGAAGCAGGACUUAUGGGCCAUUCCCAUCUGUACCGGGUCGGCCCGGGCCGGGUAGCCCCAGUCAGCCCCAGCCUGGCCCGGUUGAUUCCACACAUCCUUGUCUUACGCCCAUGUGGGCUGAUUCUACCCACCAAUCAGAGGCUUGCUCUAAUGGAAGGUGUGAAUUUGCUGUCAGCAGUGGGUGUGUUGGCCCUGGUCGGCCUGAAGCAGACCCCCUCGAGAAGAGGACUGAGAAUGAGCCUUGGUUGGCCCGGAAAAAUACCAGGCCACCCAGAUAUGUAAACAACCUACGCUACCCGGCCCGGGCCGACCCGGUACAGAUGGGAAUGGCCCACUAGAGUGCAACCCAAUUUGAGCCUCAGGAGGGAAAAUAUUGCAAGUGAUGUUGAUGAAGUGCUGUGGCCUGACCCAGCCCACAGACAAGAAGAGGCCCAUUGAUAACAUGUUUAGUCCUUUGUUUUUCAUUUUAUGUAUUUUUUUUUCACUGUCAUUGAACACUGUGGCACAAUGGACUGCAGGCUGUAUAUUGUACAAUAAACUGUAUGGCCCUGAACGUUGUGCUUUCUAUUUUUUGGUGUAUUGUUUACUGACUGCUUGAUGGUGUAUGUAAUUUUUGAGUAAUUUGUUUAUGAUUUGAGAGUAGUGUUUGAUUUUGAGCACAGCUAAAACUGUUUUGAGGCGAAAGUUUGAUUUUGCAAGAGGGAUGAGAGGUUUUGUAAAUCGUGCUUGAAGCUGAGGUUUUGUGUUUAAUGUUUUAAGAAAAGGGAGC